GCUCUUCUGCCUGGUUUGUUUAAAAAAACUAGCAUUCUUGGCAAAUUUCUUUCCAUCUCCCUUUCCAAAAAAAAAACCUUCCAUUUCUAAAACUGGAAGUGAGAGAUUUAUUUCAUGAUGAAUUAUUGCAUUCUUGGGCCUGGCCUGGUUGGCGUUGCUUGAGGCCUUGGGCCCGUCUGUUUGCUACUUUUGUGUACAAACGGACCAUGGGCCUUUACGGAUUGUCCACGCUCUCCUUCCUUCCCCUUUCUUCGCGUGCUUUCGCGAUGGCGGCCACCGACGCGACGACGACGGAGGCGGCGGCGACGGUGGGCGGUUACGAGCUACUGGAGCGCCUGGGCGGGCGUCCGCCGUCCACGGUCGUGUGGCGUGCGGUCUCACGCUCCACCGGUGCGCCCGUGGCCGUGAAGCAGGUGCGGCUCGCCGGCCUCCCCGCCCGCCUCCGCGACAGCCUCGACUGCGAGGUCCGCUUCCUCGCAGCCGUCAGCCACCCCAACAUCAUCCGCCUCAUCGAUGUCAUCCAGACACAGAGCUGCCUGUACCUCGUCCUGGAGCUGUGCGAGGGAGGGGACCUGGCGGCCUUCAUCCGGCGCAACGGGAGGGUAGACGAGCGCGUGGCCAGAAAUUUCAUGAAACAAAUUGGAGCUGGCUUACAAGUGCUGCGCCGGCACCAUGUCGUCCACCGGGACUUGAAACCUCAGAAUAUCCUACUGUCUUCUCCAAGCAGCGAUGCAAUCCUUAAGAUAUCUGAUUUUGGCCUUGCAAGGGUUCUUCGUCCUGGGGAGUAUGCAGACACAGCUUGUGGCUCUUGUUUGUACAUGGCCCCAGAAGUGAUGCUGUUUCAAAAGUACGAUGACAAGGUAGACAUGUGGAGUAUCGGCGCGAUCCUGUUUGAGCUCUUGAAUGGCCACCCACCAUUCCACGGCAGAAGUAAUGUUCAGCUACUUCAAUGCAUAAACAGAAGCACAUCUCUUCCGUUCUCCAAACCUCUGCUGUUCAGCUUGCGUCCUGAUUCUGUUGAAAUGUGCACGAGACUGCUAUGCGCAAAUCCAGUGAAGAGGCUGUCCUUCCAAGAAUUCUUCGACCACAGCUUCUUCAGAGUGUGAACGCCAGCCACGCUGAGAAAUGGACGGGAGUUCAGACAACAAUACCAUGUGAUGCUGUAAAGCUGUAUUGUUUGGUCUUCUGUAUUGUAAAGCUUCAGAGAGCUUGUUUCCUCGGGAUUAUGCUUAUGCUCACAGAAUGUGAAUGGAUACAUGUGCAUUGUGGCCACCUGUAUCUGUAUCUGUUCUCUCCCAUUUUUUGAUCGAGGAGCCCAUCAACAUCUGAAGAUCUCCCUGGUAACAUUUGAUGGGCCGUUCAGGGCCACUGCAAUGAAAUUCAGGUGGGGGACACUCUCCCCUCCCGGUGACCUUCAAAAAAAAAAAAUCUCCAUGUCUGCUGAAGAAGCCUUGUGCCCGCUCCGCAAUAACCAGGCAGAGCCUAGGAAAGCAGGCCAGAAUCAGUCACCCGCUAUAGUUUGCCCCUGGCCCCUCGUGAUCCAGUAGCCAGCAGAGCCGAGCUGUUUGCAUGAGCUGCAGUGGCAUUUCGUGCACAUCCCACGAAACCAAUGGAGCGGCGGAAGAUGAUCGCCGAUCUCCUCAGGGCAAGCGCGAAAAGCUCGGCCCUCCGCGGCGGCAUCCAGCUGCACGCCGCCCUAACGAAGCUGGGGUUCGGGUCGGACACCAUGCUGAGCAACAACCUGAUCGACAUGUACGCCAAGUGCGGGAAGCUGGCCAUGGCAGCCGAGGUGUUCGACGGAAUGCCCGGUAGGAACGUGGUCUCCUGGACGGCGCUCAUGGUGGGCUUCCUGCAGCACGGGGAGGCCAGGGAGUGCCUCAGGCUGCUCGGCGAGAUGCGGGCCUCCUCCGAGGCUGCGCCGAAUGAGUACACGCUCUCCGCGAGCCUCAAGGCCUGCUGCGUUGCCGGCGACACGAGCGCCGGAGUCUGGAUCCACGGAGUCUGCGUCAGGACGGGGUACCAGGAGCACCACGUCGUCGCCAACUCGCUGGUGCUUAUGUACUCCAAGGGUGGCAGGAUCGGCGACGCACGGCGAGUCUUCGACGGAACCGCCUUCAGGAACCUCGUCACCUGGAACGCCAUGAUCUCCGGGUACGCGCACGCCGGCCAUGGCAGGGACGCGCUGCUCGUGUUCCGGGAGAUGCAGCACGGGGAGGAGCCGGAUGAGUUCACCUUUGCCAGCUUGCUCAAAGCCUGCAGCGGCCUUGGCGCUGCACGCCAGGGCGCGCAGGUUCAUGCGGCCAUGAUGGCUAGAGGGUUCUCCACGGCCUCCAAUGCCAUCCUCGCCGGCGCGCUGGUGGACCUGUACGCCAAAUGCCGGUGCCUGCCGGUGGCAAUGCAGGUGUUCGAGCGCCUCGAGAGGAAGAACGCCAUCCAGUGGACGACGGUGGUCGUCGGCCACGCGCAGGAGGGGCAGGUGAGGGAAGCAAUGGAGCUGUUCCGGCGGUUCUGGAGCUCCGGCGUCCGAGCUGACGCCCAUGCUCUGUCCGGUGUGGUCGGCGUGUUGGCGGAUUUUGCGCUGGUCGAGCAGGGCAGGCAAGUUCACUGCUACACUGUCAAGAACCCGGCCGGGCUGGACGUGUCACUGGGCAACUCCAUGGUCGACAUGUACCUCAAGUGCGGGCUGAUCGACGAGGCAGAACGGCUGUUCCAGGAGAUGCCGGCGAGGAACGUCGUCUCGUGGACGGCGAUGAUCAAUGGCCUGGGAAAGCAUGGGCUCGGCCGUGAAGCCAUCGGCAUGUUCGAGCAGAUGCGAGCAGAUGGCGUCGAGCCUGACGAGGUGACCUACCUGGCGUUGCUGUCGGCGUGCAGCCACGCCGGCCUUGUCGAGGAAUGCCGGCUGUACUUCUCAAGGAUCCUACAGGAACGCAGGAGGGUGAGACCAAAAGCAGAGCACUAUGCGUGCAUGGUCGACCUCCUCGGCCGCGCCGGAGAGCUCAGGGAGGCAAAAGGCCUCAUCCUGACGAUGCCCGUGGAGCCGACCGUGGGCAUAUGGCAGACGCUCCUGAGCGCUUGCAGGGUGCACAAGGACGUCGCCGUGGGCAGGGAGGCAGGUGGCGUCCUCCUUGCCAUCGACGGCGACAACCCGGUGAACUACGUCAUGCUGUCCAACAUCUUCGCGGAGGCCGGCGACUGGCGUGCGUGCCACAAGGUAAGAGACGCCAUGAGGCGCAGGGGGCUCAAGAAGCAGGGCGGGUGCAGCUGGGUGGAGCUCGACAAGGAGCUGCACUUCUUCUAUGGCGGCGGCGACGACACGCACCCGGAGGCCAGCGACAUCCGCCGCGUCCUGAGGGACGUCGAGAGGAGGAUGCGGGAGCAACUCGGGUACAGCGCAGACGCGCAGUUUGCGCUGCACGACGUCGACGAGGAGUCGCGUGCAGAGAGCCUGAGGGUGCACAGCGAGCGGCUCGCCGUCGGGCUGUGGCUUCUGCGCAAUGGCGGCGGACAGGAGAAGGUGAUCAGGGUGUACAAGAACCUGCGGGUGUGCGGGGACUGCCAUGACUUCUUCAAGGGCUUGUCUGCCGUCCUCAAGAGGGUGUUGGUGGUGAGAGACGCCAACAGGUUCCAUCGGUUUGAGCUGGGCGCGUGCUCCUGUAGGGACUACUGGUGACUCAACGGCACUGCGCCCGCCCAAAUCUGACAUUGUAUUCCCUUUCUCUAAUUCUAUUUCGAUCUGAUCUGAUCAGCGGCAACCAGAUGCUCAGUUAUUGGACAAGAUCCAGCCUCCUUUCUCGGCUGGCAUAAGAGCAAGUACAACAAGGGGCUUAUAGCCCUUUGUUUGCUUACAUGGCAGAGAGAGAGAAAAAAAAGCAAAAAAUUGGAGAAAAGACACUUAUGUAAGAGCCACCUCUUCAUACGCUCAUAGACAGUUACAGUAAAUGAAGUGGAGAGCGAGAAAGAGAGUGAUCAUUGGCUCAUUGGAAGAGACAAAGAGUCAACAUAUUGUAUGAGUCAUUUUAUAGGUGUCUUUUAUAAACUUAAGAGACAAUAACAGCCUCUAUUAUUGAA